GCUCUCUCCUCUUUCCUCGUUUGCUUGCGACGACUGGGUGGAUUGCUCCUAGCGCUUCUUUCAUCCAUCCUUUUGCAAAGCUUAAGGAAUCAAAAUGGCGUCCGCACUUGCAACGCUAGAGUACGGCUCGUGAAAUCUAUCCAUGGGUUUGGAACGGCUCGCACAGUGCAGCGUAGAUGCGACGGGAAGCCCUGGCUGCCGGAGAACAUCUACAAGGAAGAGAAGAACAUCGGUCGCCAAUGCAAGCGACCGCGGUGUGAAGAUUUCAGUUUAACCCUCGAUAGGGUUCCUCUUAAUCCUAGACCUGCAAAGAAAGGCAGGUGUGGCCGGCGUAAGGCCUGGCGAUUUUUUCUCCCUUCAUCGGUAGACCUGGUAGGCGACGAGUCGCUGUUACCCAUGGUUGCAUGGAGGGCUCAGAUCCCCUCAUCGGUUGACCUGGUAGGUGACGAGUCACUGUUAUCCAUGGUUGGGGAAGCUGGUAUAAACAAUAAGUAUUAUGGCGACUUCAUGGCUGAUCAGUUUGGGGGGAAGGGUCGGGACUUUGCCGCGGAGGCGGUGGAAGUACGAUCACUGCAUAUUCUCCGACCCCAUGCUUCUUCGUCGGAGCCUCUCAAUGGGCCGACUGAAGUGCCCGCCGGCGGAUCCCCCCAAUUUCGGGAUUUUCGGUCGAGCCAGGAUUGGGUGGUCGGUUCAAAAUUUGAUUCCCCUAUUAUCUCGGGGACAAGAGAUUUGCGCCGGUUUGAUAAGACCCAUCGGGAUUAUCCUCCCCCAAAUCCGUUAUUUGUUAACAGUCCGUGUCCUCAUCGACAUCCAACUCCUAUGCGUACUGGGACUCUCCGAGGCGGUUUGGAGCUGGAUUUGGCAGCUCUAUAUAUAUUAUCCCCACCGAAACCUAUGAGCAUAUCAUUCGAUUGCUUCUGGUUUGGAGGAAGACCUGUUACCUCGGCAUUUUCAAUUCUCUCGUCCGCGUGGAGAACUGACCCAGGAGCUGUGCAAAAUGGCCCAUGUUGCGAACGACCAAGUAGUGCAAUUUUCCCUGGAAGAGGUGCAAUCGACCCGGUACCGAGCCUCUCGCACUCUUUUGGGACGGCUGUUUACUAUCGAUCGCGUUACGACUAUGGAGCUGCGUGAAGGGCUGCUUGAUGCAUGGAAGAUUCGUGGCCAGCUCAAGGUGCUGAAAACUAAGCAGGGUCUCUAUGAAAUUGUGCUGCCGAACGAGGAGGCCAAACAGUGGGCUCUCUCGAGAAACCCAUGGAUCAUCAAGGAUCGCCUGCUGACCCUUCGUCAAUGGUCCCCGGCCAUCUCGAAGGGCGUUUUUGAUGAAAUGGCUAAGGCCCCUUUUCGUGUGCAGCUCUGGGGAGUGCAAGAGGACCUGUGUACGAAGUUGUUUGGCCAAAAAUUAAUAGCCACUACCAUGGGCAAGGUGCUGGACUCAGGAAUCUUUGCCUGUAAAGAUUCAGGAGAGCGUUUUAUCAAAGUGAAUACUAUUAUCGAUUUUGCAAAGCCGCUCCGCUCGCAAUUAAUGGCAAUUUGUGAAGAUAUGGAUGGAUUUUGGGUGAGCCUCAAAUAUGAAUUUUUGCCGAA